AUAUUUUUGUUAUAAGUCUUCUUCUUGAUUAGUUUAUAAGAGGAGUAAUAGUGAGAUUGAAAUCUUGAAAAAAAAAAUGGCAGAAAUAUGUUGCGAGGUUGUGAGUAGCGAGAAUGAAACAACAUCUUCAUCAUCGUGUGAUCCUAAUUCAAGAGCUGCAAGACGGAGAAGAAUGGAUAUUAGAUCAAGGUAUAAGUGCAUCCCUGACCAUCAUGUCAUGAAGUUCCCAGCACAACCGCUACCACAAAAUGAUGGUUGUGAUGAUCAAGAAUUCAGUGGAAAUAAAAAACGGUUAGAUGUAUCGAACGCCGACAGAAGUUUUGGGGGUUUAGGAGUGAAGCAUCAACAUGAUCUUGUUCAAAGUGAUGCUACUCAGAGAUGCGUUGCUGCUGAUGGUCAGACUAUGAUGAGCUCCGGUGUUUAUGAUGAGUGUCCUAAGUUUGGUGCCACCGCUGUAUGUGGUCGGAGGCGAGAAAUGGAAGAUGCCGUGGCUAUUCAUCCUUCAUUGUGCAGGGAGAAUUCUUCCUCAAGCAGCAGACUUCAUUUCUUUGGUCUUUACGAUGGUCAUGGGUGCUCUCAUGUUGCGAUGUCAUGUAAAGAUCGGAUGCAUAAAUUGGUAAAGGAAGAAAUAGAAAAUCCAGUAGCAGUAAUUCCAGAACAAUGGAAAGAAUUAAUGGAGAGAAGCUUUUCGCGAAUGGAUAAAGAAGUAAUCCAAUGUAAAGAUGACGGUACAAUACCGAUGAUAAAUAGAAGUUGCAGGUGUGAAUUAAAGAUGCCGCAGUGUGAAUCUGUUGGAUCAACGGCUGUGGUUUCGAUCGUUACACCGGAAAAGGUUGUUGUUGCUAACUGCGGUGAUUCUCGAGCAGUUUUAUCCCGGGGAGGGAAAGCGGUUCCUCUCUCGACCGAUCACAAGCCAGAUCUACCAGCAGAGCUUCAGAGAAUACAAAGUGCUGGUGGCCGUGUAAUCUAUUGGGACGGUCCUCGUGUUCUGGGGGUUCUUGCCAUGUCUAGAGCUAUUGGGGAUAACUAUUUGAAGCCGUACGUGAGUUCUGAACCUGAGAUCACGGUUACGGAUAGAACUGAAGAAGAUGAGUUUAUGAUUUUGGCGAGUGACGGGUUAUGGGAUGUGGUGUCUAAUGACACUGCCUGUGAUAUUGUGCGUAUGUGUUUGUUAAAUGGUUCCGGUCGAGUUGUGUUGCCUCAGUCAUCGUCUGCUGGUGUCAUGAAGAAUGUAUUUGGAGGAGGUUCAAAUCCAGACAAGGCUUGCUCAGAUGCAGCUAUGUUGCUAACAAAGCUUGCAUUGGCUCGCCGUAGUGCAGAUAAUGUGAGUGUCGUUGUGGUCGAUCUUAGAAAGGAUUUAGGAUCAUCAUCUAAAUUAACAAACCAGAAAGUGUCUGUUGCUGGGUGUUGAUGAAGCUAAGCUAACAUCUAUACCUAGUAGUCAUAAAAAAUCUAUGUAUGCGUUCUAGUACUGCAAGGUUUUAUACAAGUAGUUGUAGUUGUAAUAGCAUAAUGUACAAGAACAGAAAACUCUGUUUCUGCAAACCAAUUUAAUACAAAAAACGAAAAAAAGAAGUAGAAAAACUCCAUAGAACCUCAGAUUUUGUAUGCAAAUGGAAAUUCUAUUGUUUUCUAUA